AUGCUUAUCGAAAUCGAGCGGGUCAACUUCGUGAUGGUCGAUGACAAAGUCUGGUGGCGUGUGGACUGGAGAAAGCACCAGCGUCUCAUCAGCAGAUCCAAGGCCAAGGUGCAGAAGGGCGUGAGCGUCGUGGGGGUGAGAGCCAGCAGCCCUUCCAUUUGGGAGGUCACGGAAGGCACGGACCACAGUGGCAAGUAUGCACCUGCUGUCAUCGUUUGUCAGAAGAAAUCUGCUGGCUCGGAAACCAGUGUGGAUGGACCCUCCUAUGAAGUCAUGCAGAUCGACGUGGAAAUAGAGGAGCCCAGUGACCCGCCGGCCACACAGCUUGUCACGUGGCAAGUGGAGUAUCCAGGAGACAUCACGUCUGACUUGGGUGUCUCCAAGAUCUACGUGAGUCACAAGGACCUGAUCGGCGUCAUACCCCUGGCCAUGGAGGCGGAGAUCCUGAACACAGCCAUCCUCACGGGGAAGACAGUGGCCGUCCCGGUCAAGGUGGUGUCGGUAGAGGAGGACGGCGCGGUGACGGACCUGCUGACGUCUGUGGAGUGCUGGUCGUCUGACGAAGACGUCAUCAAGGUGUCUGACAGAUGUGACUACGUCUUCGUCAAUGGGAAGGAAAUGAAAGGCAAGGUGGACGUGGUGGUGAACUUCACCUACCAGCACCUGAGCAGCUCCUUGGAGAUGACCGUGUGGGUGCCCCGGCUCCCACUGCAGAUUGAGGUCUCAGACACCGAGCUCAACCAGAUCAAGGGCUGGAGGGUGCCCAUUGUCUCCAAUAAAAGGCCGGCUCGGGACAGCGAGGAAGAGGAGGAUGACGACAGGAGGGGGGGUCGCGGCUGCACGCUCCAGUACCAGCACGCCAUGGUGCGGGUCUUGACACAGUUCGUGGCCGAGGCGGCGGACCGGGGCGGGCACCUGGCCCACUUGCUGGGCUCAGACUGGCAGGUGGACAUCACGGAGCUGGUGGAUGACUUCAUGCAGGUGGAGGAGCCCCGCAUCGCCAAGCUGCAGGGGGGACAAGUCCUGAUCGGCCAGGAGCGUGGGAUGACCACCAUUCAGAUCCUGUCGCCUCUGUCAGACACCAUCUUGGCAGAAAAGACCAUCACGGUGCUGGAUGAGAAGGUGACCAUCACAGACCUCGGGGUCCAGCUGGUGACAGGGCUGUCACUCUCCCUGCAGCUCAGCCCAGGGAGCAACAGAGCUGUCUUUGCCACCGCAGCGGCUCAGGAGCUCCUGCAAAGGCCCAGACAGGAAGCGGCCAUCAGUUGCUGGGUCCAGUUCAGCGAUGGCUCCAUCACCCCCUUGGAUAUCUACGAUGGGAAAGACUUCUCCUUGAUGACCACCUCCCUGGACGAAAAGGUGGUCUCCAUCCACCAAGACCCCAAAUUCAAGUGGCCCAUCAUCGCUGCUGAAACCGAAGGGCAGGGUGCUCUGGUAAAGGUUGAAAUGGUCAUCAGCGAAUCGUGCCAGAAAUCCAAGCGGAAGAGUGUGCUGGCCGUGGGGACAGCCAACAUCAAAGUUAAGUUUGGCCAAAAUGAUGCGAACCCCAACACCAGUGACAGCAGACACACUGGGGCAGGAGUUCACCUAGAAAAUAACGUCAGUGACAGAAGACCCAAAAAACCCUUGCAGGAAUGGGGGAUCCAGGGGGCCCCGUUUUAUAGCAGUUCUUCCGUGGGCCUCAUGGAAGGAAGAGGGUCCACAACAGAGAGGCCAACCUUCCAGAGAAAGAAGAGCCAAGGAAGCCUUCUAGAUGAUGACAGCCGCCUGCAGACCAUCCCCAUCGACCUCACCAGCUUCCCGACCCAGGGGGACCUGCCCAGAAGCAACGGGGAAACGGACGAGAACGGCCUCACGCAGGCAUCCAAAGGGCUGAGUGACUUGGAGAUUGGGAUGUACGCUCUGUUGGGGGUCUUCUGCCUGGCCAUUUUGGUCUUCCUAAUAAACUGUGUGGCCUUUGCGCUGAAAUACAGGCACAAGCAGGUUCCCCUGGAGGAGCAAGAAGGUCUGAGUCACUCGCACGACUGGGUCGGGUUGAGCCACCGCUCCGAACUGCUGGAGAACCACAUUAACUUUGCAUCCUGCCAGGAUGAGCAGAUCACUGCCAUUGACAGGGGCAUGGAUUUCGAAGAGAGUAAGUAUCUGCUCAGCACAAACUCCCAGAAGAGCAUCAACGGACAGCUGUUCAAAUGUUCGGGCCCCACCGUCGUGGACGGGAAGGAUCAGAAAAGCGAGCCCCCGACGUCCCCUACCUCAAAAAGGAAAAGAGUGAAAUUUACCACCUUCACCACCAUCCCCUCGGAUGAAGGAUGCCCCACCGUGAACCCCAUAUCGACCAGCAGUGAGGACAUGAGCUGGGUCUGCCAGGAUCUGGACCCGGGGGAAAGCCGACAGCCACACGACUACAUGGAAAGGUUACGUGAGGAUGUGUAA